AUGCAGCUUCCGCCUGAUGAAGAUGAGGAAUUCGAUGAUGACAGUGUUGAUAUGCAACUGCUUCCCUCCCUGAAAAUGGUGAAAGCUCUUCGGAUAGCGAUGACUUCUUUUCAGCCAGUAGACAACGUAUCGAAGGGACAAAUAAUGGAAGAGGAAUUAAUUCAAGAGGAGGAGGUCCAACAGGAAGAGGAUCCAGAAGAGGAAGUUCUAGAGGAGGAAGUGCAGGAGGAGGUAGUUCAAUGGGAAGAAUUUCUAGAGGUGGAAUUUCAAGAGGAGGAAGCCCAAGAGGAACAACAACAAAUUCUCCGCGGAGAUCUUCAACAAGAAAACGACAAUCUAUUAACUCUUCAACUCCACCUCCACGCAACUCCCGUAGAGGAAGCCAAACUUGAGGAACGAAACUGCCCCCUGCCGUCAUGUGUCAUUAAAAAGUGUCUUUCUGGGGGUAAAAUCAGUAAUCUUCAACUUGUGUCGUUGUUACUUGAACAGGAUUCUAUCGAUGAGUUAGAAAAACAUUACCAAAACAAAAAGCUGGAAAACAUUGAGCAUAUGCACUUGGAAGAUGUCAUGAUUUCCGAAGACCAAGAGGAUAGAGAAGAUGCAUUAAUGACAUUAUUCUAG